CGCCCCUCUCUGCGGCGCGUGCAGCCGGCACCAUGGGGCUCAAUCCUCGCGCUCCGCGGCCGCGGCCCGCGAAGCGCUCUCGGAUCGCUGCGGCGACGGUGCUGCCCAUCCUGGCGGGUGUUGCCGCGAUCCAAGGUGUAGCAGGCAGGCUGUGGCUGUCUGCCGCCUCCCCAGGAGCGGGAGCCCGGGCCGCCGCGGCCCAGACGAGGGGCGGUGCGGCCUUCGGCCGUCGGGCGCCCGCGCCGUGGGCCUCGAGGUGGUCCAGUAGAGUGGCCUUGCUUGCGGAGUAUGACAGCAUGAUGGCAUCCGAGCUGAAGGAGCUCUGCAAGAAGAAGGGCCUGAAGGUCUCGGGCACCAAGAAGGUGCUCAUAGAGCGGCUGCAGGAGGCGGACUCCGCGCCCGCCCCGGCGCCGAAGGCUAAGGCUGCGGCCCCAGCCCCGGCGCCGAAGGCGGCCGCGCCAGCUCCGGCGCCAGCGCCGAAGGCGGCCGCGCCAGCGCCGGCGCCAGCGCCGAAGGCCGCCGCGCCAGCGCCGGCGCCAGCGCCGAAGGCCAGCCCGAAGACGGACGCCUUGGAGCCCGGGGACAGGAUAUCGGCCCGGUACCACCGGGACAACCAGGUGUACCCGGGCAUCCUGCUAGAGAUCCAGGACGGAGGCAAGUAUCUCAUGUCGUGGGACGAGCCGGACGACAACGAGCCGCUCACGAGCGUCACCGAGGUGCAGCUCCUGAGGAAGGCGGAGACGCCCCUCGAGUCGGGGAACAAGCAGGUUUAUCACGUCGGCGACAAGGUUUUUGCGCGGUUUCCCGAGGAUCUGACAAUGGCAUGUACGAGGCCGAUCUGCUGGAGUUGAACGGUGAUCGUUGCAAGAUCAAGUGGGACGAUCCGGACGGUUCUCCACCGACUGCAGAAAUGCCGGUCCAUGACAUCAAGUUGAAGUUGCGCAACCCGAAAGUGUGCUAAGCUCCCGUGGGUGCCGCGCCAUCGUCUCUAUCGAUUGCGUUGGCAAUGCCAGCUCUUCGGUGUGCCAGCUGGCAUAUAUUGAUAUAAUUCUCGGCGGUUUUCCCAUAGCCGAGGCAGAGUUUCGCUUGGAUUCCAGGCCAUGAAGCUAUGAGGCAUUUGGGAGUUCCUUCAAGGAGGCGGUCUGGGGCGUCGUGACCCGCGCUGUUCUGCGUAGUGGAAUUUUUGACCGCCAGACCUUCGCCCCCAUGGGUGUAGUGGAUCACGAUAGAAGCCUUUCUUGCAAGAAGCUACUAAAGGCAUCUACGGGCCAGUUGUGACAUCCUAUUCGCCGAAGCUAGAGAAAGGCAGCA